UGCAGAUUUAAUGCUUGCAAAGAUGUUGGUUAUAUAUUUUAUUCAGGCAUUAGAAACGACAGCUUUACAUUACGCUGGAAAAUACAAGUAUCAAGAUGUCGUGUCAUUCAUUUCAAGUGAAAAUGCAUGCAGCUUUUACCCUUGGAAUUUACAGUUUAUCAUUGGGAAAGCCGAACUUCUACUUAAUGAGUCUUGUUUAGAGGAGCAGAUGUGUUCCGGAAGAGACGAUGCACAGAAUUGCACUUCCAAACCAAACCAGCUAAAAUCUUUCUGUAGAUGUAACACCAAAUACCAUUUAUCAACAACACUCUACAAAAAAAGUGAAUAUCAAGAUGUAAAGGAGAAAAAAGAUUGCAGAUGUAAUAAAGAACAAAAGAAUUCAUACCUUUUUACAGCCGUGGGGAUGGUGUUUUGUGUUGUUGCAUGUUCAUUAUUUGGUUUUAUUGUGGGAUUGAAAAGAAGAAAACCUAAUUCAUACAGGUUAGACUGUCCAAAUUCUUCUCAAAUGCCUACAAGGAAUACCACCACCUACUCAUUUGCAGACGACUCAGAAGACACAAACUGUGAUAGAAUCAGAAUUGAGGCAUAUUCACACAACUCUUUGGAUGUUCGAGCAGAAAAUAAUUGUGAAAAUUCAGAAAAUGUCAACAAUUCGUCAGAAUUGCAGAGUGUCAGAAAGCAACCAAACAAAGCUGCAUGCUCAUUAGGUCAGAUUAGACAAAAACAACUGCAAAUGUAUGACGACAUCUAUAGUGUGGCACUUUCAAUGUCAAUUUCGUCUUCUUCCACAAAAGAACUUGAAGAUAUAUAUGAUGAACUGUAUCACGAAGAGGGCAAUGAUGAUACUAGAAACCUUUACGACAACUCAGUCCGUCAAUGUCCAUAUAGAGAUCAACAGGUUGAUAAUAAUGAUACGUACGAUCAUCUACACCAAGAACAAAUCAUUCUGUCUGAAAACGUCUAUGGUUUGUCCAAUGUUUCGUUAUCAGCAUUGAAUCAGCAAGACAAAUCAGAUAUUGAGAACAAAUUGUGAUGUUUUAAUUUAUUUAGUCAUAAUACGUAUUAAUGUUUUUGUAUCUGUUUCCUUAUUAUAUUGAUUUACUAACAUUCAUAACAAAAGAAUAAUAGUCAUUUAAACAAUAAAAAGUAUGAU